GGGACAAAUGAGCUGCAGUGGACUUGAUUUUUCUCCUCACGACGGGCUUUUUCUUGUCCUUUGCCACCUUCUGCUAACUAUUUUGACUUCUGUAUUUAUUUUUCAUGACCAUGCCGAUGAAACGCAGCUGCAGUGAAACUUCAACCAGAGAUGGAGUGUUUCUUAUUCACUCUCUAACAAAGACUCUGUGCAGCUCACCAAAGGAGACACACACAGGCUUUAAGAAACAGACACAUUUCCAUCGGGAGGAUGAUUCUGGGAUUAAAUCAGGUAAAGGAACAACCACUCCUGACUCAAAAUAUGUGCAGUUUCCCUUUUUGGACUUCAUUUUUUAUAACACCUUUCUUCUGUCUUUACCAUAAUCUUUUUCUGUCUUUUAUUCCUUGAAAUGGUUUUCACAAAAUCUUUAAAUCUGGAUGUUUUUUGUUUUUGUUUUUUUGUUUUUGUUUUUUUUUUGCGUCAAACUAUCAGUCAGCACAGGUAAAAAAGUGACUGAAAAUGGCCACAUGGUUGUGCUAAAUCCACAAGUUUGUAAGGUUUCCUUUUUUGGCCCAAAGCAUAAUGAUUCCCACAAAAAGCAGACACAAUCUAAUUUCUAAUAUGACAGCAAUCCAAAGCUUAAAGAAUGACCCCAUUUGCUGUUUUCUUGGUGUGGUUUGUCAGAAGCAGAAGACAGUAAUGAGACUCCAUCCUCUGAGGAAGACCAGGACCUGGUGGACUUCAACCCCGACCUGACCAUCAAAGAGAGCAUCUCAUCCUCCAGGAAGACCAUUAGCCAGAUCAUCAAGGACAAGAAAAAGCAGACCCAGCUCACUCUGCAGUGGUAAAAACAGAGAUGGGGGAGCAUGUACACUUUUACCUCAAAGUAUCAACACCGCAUGGAGAAAGCCCUCUACUCCAAUUUACUGUAAUGUUUAGAUAUAUAAAGUACAGUAAAAGCACAAUGCAGCCAGGAGAAAGCACUCAUUCUCUCAUGAAGCUUUGAGCCUGUCAAAGAAUAGACUGUGGAAUAUUAAUAACUCCAACACAACACAACAUAUAAGCAAAUAUUAAGUCAAAACUGACAAACCUCUGACAUCAUAUACAGGAGCUGACAGUUAAGCAGCUACACUUACAGUACAGUUAUGUCACAGGCGGGUGAUGUCUAGCCAUUCAGAGCGUGUUGUGGGCAGGACAUUUAGUGAGAUAGAGUAAUGAGUGAAAGCAGACUCAGGGUGAAAGACACAAAUUAGCACAUCUUUUAAUAAAAUGAUUUUAUCAUUGCUUGGAAAAAAACAACACAAAAAAAUCUGCCUUAAAUCUGUGUUUUGAUUGUAGCGUUAGCAUUACUUUGCUCCUUUCCUGUUUAGGUUUUGUUUUAAAUUUAAUCCAAAAUCCCAAAUUUAUCAUGCAAACUAAUGUAGAUAUUUACAAAUGUCAAUAUUUAUGAGUGAUUUUGUCAUUGAUGUGUCCCACCAGGCUGGAGGAGAACUACAUAGUGUGUGAAGGAGUGUGUCUGCCCCGGUGUAUUCUCUACGCUCACUACCUGGACUUCUGCAGGAAGGAGAAACUGGAGCCUGCUUGUGCUGCUACGUUUGGAAAGGUGAGUGGAGAAGGACUGCAGAAUAAAGACGUCUGUGACAGAGCUCAUGUUGAUCUAACCAGAAAAUUAUUCUCACUUUUUUCUAUUAUCUGAUCAGACGAUUCGACAAAAGUUUCCUCUUUUAACAACAAGAAGACUGGGCACUAGAGGACACUCCAAGUAAACUUAAAAUCUACUCCCAGUCUUUUGAGCAGUAGAGUAGUUGCUUCAGACAUUUCUUUUUCCCCAGAUGGGUGUUUGAUAUACUUAUCUCUGUAUCCUCUAGGUAUCAUUAUUACGGGAUUGGCAUCAAAGAAAGCAGCGCUUACUAUCACUCUGUGUAUUCUGGAAAAGGUUUGACCAGGUAACAGGACAUUUGAUAAUCUUUGUGCGGGUUACAAACUUCUCUUUUGCUUUCUUUCUCUCUUUGUUGUGAGUGUUAGUCCACAGUUAGUCCAGAGAUUAACUAUAGGGGGAACAAUAGAUUCAUAUUUAAAAUUUUAAUUAAUGUUAUUUUCAUUGUUGCCUAUGUCAACAGAUUUUCAGGGAGCAAACUGAAGAAUGAGGUGAGCACAAGCUGUUAAAUCUGCUUUUUAUGUUGUUUCCAAGUCCAAAUCCAAGUUUCUGUUUGCACAUUCACCCAAUUGUUUGAAUUAAUAAAAUAUACUGUUUUGGUCUGCAAGGUUGCAAGUUGUGAAAAACUUUUAAUGAACAGCUCUGGGAUAAUUCAGUCAGUGUUUGUGUCUUGUCUGUAAACCUCUUGAAAUGAACUCUUCUUCUUUUAGAUAUUUGAUCUGAUGAUUCCAAAACAGUAUAUUUUUUCUUAAUCUUUAACAUAUUCUCAUGCAGAUAUAUGCUAUCUUUCUUGAUCAUAAGUUGUUUCGAUAAGAUAAAUCCAUCAUUUCUAUCAAGGUAGAAAUAGGUUAAUGCGUUUGAUUUCCUUCUCAGGGAGGUUUCACCAGGAAAUACUCUCUGAGCUCCAAAACUGGGACUUUGCUGCCAGACUUUCCCAACGCUCAGCAUCUUCUGCUGGAGGGAAACAUCUCCAGAGAAAAGGCCAGUAAUAAAUACUGCAUUUUCAGAUGUCACACUUUUACAGUUGAAACUCUCUCUUUACCCACUACACAAAUAUGAGCUAGAGCAGUGUUAAAUGAGGAUGUUUUAAUAAUAUUAUCUAACAUGUUUUUAUGGUUUUCCUCUUGUCUGUUUGCAGGUGGACACUCUGAUCAUGAUGUACAAAACACACUGUCAGUGUAUCCUAGAUAAUGCCAUCAAUGUCAACUUUGAAGAGGUGAUCAUUCUAGUCACAUUUAAUGUAGGCUGUUUAUCAGAUAAGAGGUACACCAAAAGCAGAGCAAGUUAUAAUCCACUCAAACUGGCAAAACUCUUCAUUUGUUUUGUUUCAGAUCCAGAACUUUCUGCUCCAUUUCUGGCAGGGGAUGCCCGACCACCUGCUGCCUCUGCUGGAAAACCCUGUGAUUGUUGACAUCUUCUGUGUCUGUGACUCUAUUCUCUAUAAGGUGAGGACAAAAUAACUGCUCAUUGGUUUUUAUUUACAAAGACUGACAGAAGGAGCUUAAGUGACUGGCUAAACCAAGAAGGUGCAAAAUAGGAUACACUAUUAAAAUUACCCAUGAAUCUGACUUAGUAUACUCAACUUUUACUGGAAGCUUGGCUUUUUUUCAGUGAGGAGAGGCUUAAAAUCCUCUCUCUGAUUCACUUAAUGAGAACUACAUGAGUUAUUACCAAUAAUGUGCAAUGUUUUCCUUACAUGUUUCUUCUUUUUUAAGGUUUUAACAGAUGUUCUCAUUCCUGCUACUAUGCAGGAGAUGCCUGAAAGGUUUGUCAUCUCAAUUUCACUUUAUUUAUUAUUUUCUAGGGUAGUUCAUUAUGUACAUAAAGUUCAAAACCAUUUCAAUAAGGUCUUUCUAUCUCAGCCUGCCCUCAGGUUACCCAAAACAAGAUAUUCUACACAUCCUCAAAAAUUUACAGCUGAAUCAGAGUGCCUUUAGCGUCAGUAUAACAACUGUUUCACUUUUAAAUUUACUUUAUUUGAUAGAGGCUCAAGAAAGUUAAGUAAUAGUAAUUUAGUUUUUACAGCACUUUUCAAAGACUGGUUACUAGACAAGGUAGCCCAUCAAUAUACUGUGAAUAUGAGGGGACCCAAGAUAGAGCCCUGGGGGACCUCAUAUUAGAAAGAGGGGUUUGCGAGCAGUUGUUUCUGAGCAUUACGGGAAAAGAUCUGUUUGAGAGAUAGGAACCAGUCCAGCACCUCAUCAUUAAUCCCAACAGAGUAUUUCAGACAACUAUUUAAGACUUGAAGAAUCUAAGGUUGAGCUAAGGUUGGCUAAGGCUAAGAGGGUUAGCAUACAAAACAGUGAACUGUUGGAGACCCCAACCAGAGAAGUUUCUAACCAGAUUUAAGUUCUUAAUGAACUGAUUGUCAGUCAUGAAAGAAAUCAACUGUAUGGACACUUCUUCCAAGAUCUUGAUAAAAAAAAUAGCAGCUUAGAGAUGUGUCUGUAAUUAUUAAGAACAGAAGGACUGAUAGACGGUGUCUUUAAAAAGGGAUGAACUGCAGCAUGUUUAAAAUAGGAGAGGACAUCAAAACUGAUUUGGGAAUCUGAUCAGUUGUAUUAAUGGUGUUCAUCAGUCUGUUGGCAGAUAUCCGCAACUUUGCCAAACACUGGGAGCACUGGCUUGCCUCCUCAUUGGAGAACCUCCCAGAAUGCCUUGCUGUCAAGAAACUCCCCAUAGCACGCCACUUUGUGUCCUCCCUGAAGAGACAGACCUCCUUUUUACACCUGGCCCAGGUAUGACUUUGACUCAGAACAGGAUGGGUUGCAUUUAGGAGACAGUAUAUUAAUAUUCCUCUAAACAGGAACAUUUUUUAUCCCUUUAAUUUUCUCCAGAUAGCCCGACCGGCACUGUUUGACCAGGCCAUUGUAACCAGCAUGGUGUCUGAUAUCGACAACGUGGAUCUCAGCAGCAUCAGCUCACAGCCUCUGCUCAGUAUAAACACCACAGGAGACCAGGACCCUGAUAUCUACUCUGAGUGUAAGACUGAAAAAAAAAAACACUGAGCAGGUUUUUGUUCAUAAAGGAGCCUUUUUCACCAGUAAUCUCCUCUUUCUUGUUCCAGAUGAUUCCAUCAGCGUCUUUCAGGAGCUGAAGGAGCUGCUGAGGAAGAACGCCACAGUGGAGUCCUUUAUCGAGUGGUUGGAUUCUGUGGUGGAACAUAAAGUCGUCAAGGUAACAGCUGUAACAGUGUGUAAUUGUGUUAACAUGCUGCAUUAUAAUAAUACAAAGCUGUAUUUUUAUCUCCUCUGUUUUGCAUGUGUAGCCCGGUAAGCAGAGUGGGCGGUCAGUGAAGAAGCGAGCUCAGGAUUUCCUCCUCAGGUGGAGCUUCUUCGGGGCCAGAGUGAUGCACAACCUCACACUUAACAAUGCCUCCAGCUUUGGUAAGAACAAAUUAUUUGAGCACAGAGUCAGGACAUUUUUAAAGGCUGUUGGGAGUGACCUUUGAUUCUCAAAUAGACUGGUAUUUACCUGUAAUUUGCACACAGACCCAAUUGUGACUGCAAAUAAGUAGAUAAAGGCAUGCUUCUAGUUCGUGACAUUUUCAGCAAUAAGAACAGAUCCUGUCGACCUGUAAUGACCUUUCAUUUGGAGUGAUCCAAACUAAAGGUCAUGUCUGUGUAAUUUACUUCAUUUGUGUUUUAUUGUAAUGAAAAAUCUGUAUUCCCACGCUCACGUCCUGUUGUGCAGAACUGUGAGCUCUUACCCUGAGAACACUAAAUUCUAUAAAUGUGAUGAGCUGAAAAGAAACUGUGUGUUUUGGCGCCCCCUGUGGAUAAGUAUGUUGUAUGAAUUCCAUUUUUGAGGACUGCCAGUCCAUGUUUGAUAAAGUAAGGGCCUGCACCUGAAUAGUUUUUCAAUAAAAGGGGACCCAAGAUAGAGCCCUGGGUUACUCCAUAUUGAAGAGAGGAGCUUGAGAGUAGGAGGCAUUUCCAAGCACUACAGCAAAAGACGUGUGUGAUGGACAAUAAUUCUCUGCAAAACCAGGGCAAAAGUAAACUUGAUUGCCCAUACUUAAAAAAAGGGUUUCUGUUGAGAUGAGAGUUUUUGCUUGAGCCCCAAAACAUGAAUGUGUUUUAAUAUAAAUCCAGCACAAAGCUUCUUUCAGCCAACGUUGGACACAAGUUUGUGUUGCUGACAUUCUUAAAUUAGAAAUAAAUGAACCCAAUCAAGAGAAACAACAGUAAUUACUUAUUUUCUGGGGAAUAAGAAAUUUGAAAACACAUUUAAGCCUCUGUGGUCUUUUCGAUAACAAUUAAUCACAGAGUGACUCAGCAUAUUGAUAUUGCUAUCCUCUUUUCUUCAUUACUAAGCCUACACAGUACGCUGAAUACACACUCACACACACUCAUACACACACACACACACUAAGGGCUAACCAGCUCAGAGCAGAUUGCUAUAACAGCGUCGUAAAUUAUAAAGGCCAGACUCACCUUGAUUAAACAGAGUCUUAUCAUACUGGUCGCGUGCUCUCUGUUCAAACACUCACACUCAGAGUUUGUGUACGUGGUUAAACACAAACCAUUUGGUGGCUCCUUCUCUGAACUCUGAAUGAAGCUCAAACACACACAGAGAGUUUGAGACCGGGUCAGACAAAGAGCAGCUGGAGCCUAAAGGUCAGACAGGAGUCAAAACAGCGAGCUCAGCUGGAGUCAGGUGGUCAAAUAUUACAAAAAGAGAAGAAACAAUGACCACUUUUUCUCUCUUUUCAUUUUGGUAUCUGCAGGCUCCUUCCACCUGAUCAGGAUGCUGUUAGAUGAGUACAUCCUGCUGGCUCUGGAGACUCAGUUUAAUAACGACAAAGAACAGGACCUGCAGAACCUGCUGGACAAAUACAUGAAAAACGCAGGUACCAGAAAUCAAAACCCACCUCACACAAGAUCAACUCACAUCAAGCCAAUUUAAGUCAUUUUUAGUUAUGAGGGACAUUGUUUAUUAUUCAUAUUAAGUAGUCCCAGAUGUUUUAACAAUGUGGUGUAACUUUGUCGCUCUCAGAUGCCAGUAAAGCAGCGUUCACAGCCUCCCCGAGUUCCUGCUUCCUAGCCAAUCGUAACAAGGCCACUUCUGCCAUCGACCAAUCAGUGAAGAACGAGUCUCCAGGUGAACACGCUUACAUGACCCUGUCCACCAAUCAGCAGCAGCAGAGUCAGGAGACGGGCACAGUGAUCUAUCAGGGGACUGAGCCUGCUGGGUUCACUGUUUCAGGUACUUUUUUAAAAUCUGCUGUCUUGAUGCAUCAAAGUUUUUACAGUUUAUUUCAAGUCUUCUGGGUCUUUGAAAACAUGUAUACAAAUUCAAUAUACUGUAGGUCAGGUUGUACUGUUGUGAACUGGACCAACAUUUAUCCUUAAGUGAGAUGAGAGUUUUGGUUAAACAUGGGCAUGUGUAUUUCAGAGCCGACAUGUCUUUAUUGCUGUUUCUUCAGGUGUUCAGAUGGACUUCUCUCAGGUCAGCGGCCACCUCAUGACGCCCCCUAUCUCCCCUGCAGCGUUAGUGCAUCGAGGCUCCGUCAUCAACCAGGGCCCCAUGACAGGGAGACCCCUGACAUCCACUUCUUCUUCCUCUAUCUGCUCCUCCUCUUCCUCCUCCUGCCUAUCUUCUCUCAGUGCCAUGACCCAGCCCAGUCCCUGCUCCUCAUACCAGGAGACCCUGUACCACUGCCUACCUCAGACCAGCACCAGUUAUUUCUCUCCUAUCAGUAGCUCCUCUGGCUCAAACUACCAGACUGCUCUCAGGUCAGCUUCUUUUUGUCCUGUGUGUCUCCAAUCUAAGACUUGUGUUGUCAUUGUGAGGUCGUAUCAUGAGUCUGCUUUGUGUUUCAGGCCUCAGGGUCAGUGUCUGGCUUCAGUCCAGUCUCAGCCCUCAUCUCUGAGCUACCAUCUUUCUCGGUAUCCCUCCUUUAAUGACCAACACCUGAAUAAAGAGGUCUUCUACAGCCACCACCACUCCUCUAACAGCUCCGCCUGCUCCAUCACACCUUAUAACCCUGCAGUCAGAUCCACAUCAGGCUUCAGCUCAGGGUCAGAUCCAGCUCAGACCGGACAGGGACUGGACUCCCAGACGGUCGCUCAGAUUCUGGACUCUGCAGAGGGGUUUGGCUUUGUGGGGGCUGGGAUGAACCCAACAGGCAGUGGGUGUCAGGGGCAGACGUACUCAGCUGCAGGACAUGGAGGUAAAGAUGAGUUAGUUAUCUUACCUGUUUUACACUGCGCACAGAAGACAGUCGUCAUUGGGCAACAAGUUGUUAACUUCUGUAACAAAUCAAAUACCCAUCCAUCCAUCCAUCCAUCCAUCCACUCAUCCGUCAACUUAUUUAUUACAUCAAACACUUCAUUUUUUCCUCCACCAAAGGUAAAGCACAACCACAAGGCCAGUCUUUUCUCCUGUUGCAGGUUACUAUGGCAACAACACUUACCCGGACAGCCAGCGGAUGACCUCACUGGUCGACCAGCAUGUGUCUGUCAUCAGCACCGUGGGCAGUCUUCGCCAGUUCCCCUCAGCCUACUCAGAAGUUCACGAUCCACUCAACAUCCUGGAUGAACCGGGAAGAAAAACAGCAGAUGCGUAUUUCACAGCAGCUGACAGUGGAGCAGGUGAGUUAAAAACACACAAAUACACAGCUUGAAAAGGCUUGAAAGGGUUUUUGUUUUUCAAAAAGUUGGUUUUAAUGUAAUGUUUUUAUUCCCAAAUCAUAUUAAUCAAUAAAUUCAGGCAUGUCUGAUUCAUUCCAACCACAUUAAUCAUAUUAAAUUAUUGAAUAAGGUCAUUUUUGAUUCUUUUAAGGAGAUUUAAAGUGCAAAGAUUUGGAUCUCCAUGAUAAGUAUGCUAAAACCCAUUAGUUGGUCUGAUCUUCCUCCUUACCCAUAUAGUCAUGUUUCAGGUUAAAAAAUGAACCAACCAAACUGGAGUGGAGAGAGUUUAUUCAGUCCAUUCAGCUUAAUCUGAUUUUUACUAAUUAUAAGGAGAGUUCAGUCCAUCACUGAUAUUAUGCACACACCUCCGUUAACGCUUGUUUUUAAUGUCCCCUAGUGCCAAAACAUUUAUCUCCUACCUCAUCUCUAGAUCAUUCCCUUCCCUCGUCCGGAUCUGCUCCCUGCAUGUUUGGUGUUUCCUCUCCCUUCGCCUCCCAGGAUGCACUGCUGUCUCAUCAGCGUGGGGCGUCCUCCUCAGAGGUGCAGGACCUGGUGUCUUCACUGCCCCCCAUCAACACUGUCUUCAUGGGAGCUGGUGGAGUACAAUGAUGUAGAAUAAAGAGAUAAAGACUCAAUUAUUAUUUAUAUUAUUUAUGCAUAAGUAAUUUAAAUCAUAUAAACCAUGAAAACAGACAGUCUGAUGCAGUUAUUUUUUUCUUUUUUGGACUUAAAUCCAAACCGUUUUGUUCUUUAAUGUUGG